AUUUACAGAGAAUUCGUUUUCCUCCCAGGAACGUCUCGCUCCCCACAAGCAGAGGAUAGCCCAGGCUUGUGGCUCGAGCUGGAGAGAAACUUAAGGGCCUAUACUGAGGGAGAAUUAAAGGUCCUGGUUUUGGGUUUGAUAGAUGUGACAGCGUUUCAGAGAUACAAAGUUUGACACUCGACUUUCGUUUGCACGUGCGGGAAUAAGGUUUCUUCCUCUGAACAGCGGUAGCUUUUGGAAAACAAAUCUUCUCCGGCGUGCGUGCCAGUGGUGUUGUAAACAAGAAUCUCUGCGCUGUUCUUCAGUUGCCUCCUGACUGGCCACAGCAAGCGGAGCAAGGGUCUGACGGAUAACGCCAUUGGUAAACUAUUUCAGCAAUGCCUAGCAAGCCGGAGGGCGCGCAGUGGAUUUUCAACCAAGAAUCCAAGGAGCCCUACUGUCCUGGGUAUCUUGAUAGAUAUGGCGUGUGGAACAACGGGUUCUCAUGCCCCGAGCUGGACCCCGAGCCAGAGAAGUACUGCUGUGGUUCCCAGCAAGCACGCUAUUGCUGCCCACCGCCCAGCGAGGCGCCGCAGCCAGAAGGAUUUGAUUUACUGGAAAAUAUACCCGUAUUGGCCAGUAUAAUUGCUGGAGGUGUUCUCAUUGUUAUUGUCAUGACGCUCAUCUUCUGUUACUGGUGCAGUUGUUGCUAUAUACACAAGAAACACAGGAACAAGAAAGAUACUGCUCGUAGGAAUAGACUCGGUUGUACGGUGGAUCCCAGAUACCCAGCCUGCCAGUACUGUGGAGUACAACACCAUCCGUUCCAGUAUGUGUGUGACGCCCCGCCCCCGUAUUGUUCACAUCCGGGUAGCACUGUCAACUUGUAUAAAGACAAGGAUCCCAAUUUGAAUGGCAGUUGCACAGUGUUCAAGAACGAAAAAUUCUUUGAGGUAAUCAAGGAAGAUCCCGCUCCAAAUGGUCCAUCAACAUCUCGGGCAAGGUCUCCUCCCAUUGUCAGGGAGGGGAGACAGGCAGCGGAAAAAAUAUCGUAUUCCCCGGAAUUGACCCCUCUGCCCCUCAAUUUGUCUUUUUCGUCAUUCAUGCAGUCUUGGCCGGUAGGUGACGCCUCCCGCUCUACGUCACCGCUGCACACAGGGCAAAAUAACACUCCGAUGCCUUCAACAUUAUUCCCAUGGGUUCAGAGCAACUGCACUGAGGAUAGAAAGAAUAUAUUCUCAAGUGCGUGUUCCACAACUACGAUGACCUCAUCCUUUGAAUCGAAAGAAUCCCGAAGUUGGAUGACAUCACCACUAGAUUCUCUGACGUCACCGAUAGAUUCGUUGACGUCACCUCGGAAUUCAGAAAUAUUAAUGACUUCAUCACCUGCUAGUUCACAUGUAGAUAUUUAUCUCUCAGACGCUGCUUCGCCAAUAGCUAGAGAUUAUUCCUUUACCUCAUCUGAUUUUACAAGCUAUUCAACUCUCAGCCCGUCUUCGGACUAUUGCGCUGCAUGUAAUAUAUGCAGCAAGACUGAUCAUAAGAGAAUACCACCGAAACAUAGGAUUGAGACAGAGUACGUAACUUGUCUCUAAAAACAACACCAUGGAGAGACCUAUGAAAAAAAAAACGCUCUACCUGUAUGUUCUUGGAGUAAUUUAUUGCCUUCCUUGUUGAACAUCGAAAGCGUGCAGGGUCAAUGCCAUGUGGUCUGGAACCUCGCAAAUUUGGCAAUAAAUAAAAAAUUACAAACAGGCUGGUGUGCCGUCAGUGCACACUUGUAUUUUAAAAAGCCCGAAGUUUAUUAACGUGUAAAUAGAGCAUUUAGUAUUUACUAUGUUUUUUUGUGAUUGUCAUUAGGAUUGUGGUGUCACUGUCUCAAGAGUUUGUUAAUUAAACAUUACGUCAACUUACAGUACUUGUCACGCGAGUCUCAUGUACAUAUUAUUAAUCUCAUUAAUUAAUAUUGAGUAUGUUUAUCGUUUUAAUACGAUAACAAUGCACAUGUUUGAAAACACCACACAUUUUCUACUGUAUAUACUUCAAGAACUUCGCCAUCUAACGUCUUGCAAUAUUCAUUAUGAUCUUUGUAUUCACAAGAACUCUAUUCACUAUAACAUUUAUUGUAAACAUAUCCAAUUAAGGACCUCAAUCCUGUCCUCUGCAAUAAAUA